AUGGACGAGGAAGAAUUACAAGAAAAACAACGUCAAAGGCUUUCUGAAAUUCAACGCGAGCGUCUUGUCCUCAGGUACUUCAACACGUGUACACCAAAAGAUCUGCAGGAAAUCACCGGUUGUAAAGAGGACGUUGCCAAAUUGGUUGUGAACGAACUAAGGCCAUUUCCCGAUCUUGAUGAUUUGGAAGAAAAAUUAAAGCAAACCAAAGGUGCCGGUGUCCGCUUUAUCAACAUAUGUCGAGAAAUGAUGGAAGGCUAUACAGCUGUAGAUGAGAUUAUCGAAAGUAUAGAGAAUUUGGGAACAGAACUACGGGAUAUUUUCAGCAUUUGGGAACGCCUAGGCUCACACAAAUCUAUCUCCAAUCGAGCAAGUUCUCCAACUGAUAAGGAUGAAGAUGAUCAACCAGGAAUGAACAUGACUAGUAUCGACGCUGAUGUGGAAAAGUAUAAAUCAAAUCCGAAGUAUAAAGAUGCCUUGCAAGGUUAUCUCACAGCACAGCCAAAAUGUGUCAAUUCAGAAUUCACUUUGAAAGAUUAUCAAAUACUCGGCAUCAAUUGGAUGCUACUUCUAUACCGCAAAGGUAUAUCAGGUAUUUUGGCCGACGAAAUGGGUUUGGGCAAAACGGCUCAGGUUAUCACUUUUCUUGGUCGCUUGUACGAACUCGGUGACUAUGGACCUCAUUUAAUUGUUGUACCUUCAUCCACCAUUGAGAAUUGGGCGCGCGAAUUUGAACGCUUCGUACCUACCUUGGAAAUUCGCCUUUAUCAUGGUAGCCAGCAAUCCCGCGCUGAACUACGUGAUGAGUUGAGAUAUGAGAAUAAACAGAAAGAGUUUCAAGUGAUUCUGACCACUUACCAAUUAGCCUCUGGUCAUGCUGACGACAGGAAUUUCCUCAGAAAGUUACGGUGCCGCUCCAUGAUUCUCGAUGAAGGGCAUAUGGUCAAAAACUGUAAUAGUGCACGUUACAAAUCCUUAAUGUCUAUCAAGGCUCCUUUUCGUCUGUUGUUAACCGGCACACCUUUGCAAAAUAAUCUUCAAGAGCUUGUCUCUUUGUUGACUUUCAUCAUGCCAGAAACCUUCUCUAACUUUGAAGAAGAACUCCGCUCGAUCUUCAAAAUUAGAAAAGCUAGCGCAAAAGAAGAAUCAACAAAGAGCAGCACGAAUGCAGAGACCUCGGUCCAAUUGCUAUCCAAAGAAAGGAUUUCACGUGCUAAACGUAUGAUGACACCUUUUGUACUUCGUCGGAAAAAGGAGGAUGUGCUCAAGGAUCUGCCGAAGAAGCAUCAACUUAUCGAAUACUGUGAAAUGACGCCAUCGCAAAAUACAGUCUACUCAGAAAUAUUAUUAAGGAACAAGGCCAAUUACGAAAAAACGGCGGAAGAGUUAGAGAAAGAUACAAAAGCAAAAUCAAGUGAUUUUGAGACUAUGUCAAAUGUUGUAAUGCAUUUACGAAAGGCAGCAGAUCAUCCGUUAUUGUUUAGGAACCAUUAUACAGAUAAUCUACUGAGGAAAAUGGCUAAAGAGCUCAAAAGCGAUGUAAAAUAUUGGGAUUCUGACGAAGAUCUAAUUUACGAAGAUAUGACUAUUAUGACUGAUUUUGAGUUGCACAACCUAUGUUUAGAGGAAAAGAAAAUCAAGCGCUAUAUGCUACAGAAUGAAGAAUGGAUGGAUUCAGGCAAAGUGAAGAAGUUGCAAACCCUUUUACCAAAAUUCAAAAAAGACGGAAACAAAGUAUUGAUCUUUAGUCAGUUUACUACCAUGCUGAAUAUUCUUGAAAUGUGCUUGAAUACAAUGGGCACUUCGUACGUGCGAUUGGAUGGUUCGACGAAUGUUAUGGAGCGCCAAGCAUUGAUUGACCAAUUCAAUAAUAGCAAAGAUAUUGAUGUGUUUUUAUUGAGUACGAAAGCUGGCGGUUUCGGCAUCAACCUUACUUCAGCAAACAUUGUUAUUCUCUAUGAUCUAGAUUUUAAUCCGCAAAAUGAUAAACAGGCUGAAGAUCGAGCACACCGCGUUGGCCAAACCAAGGAUGUGACAAUUUAUAAGCUCAUAGCCAAAGAUUCUAUUGAAGAACAUAUCUUAAGUAUGGCUAACCUUAAGUUACGAUUGGAUAAGAAUAUUUCGGCUAAAGAAGACGAAGCAAUGGACGAGUUUGACGAUGAGAAUCAGAAAAGGAGUCUUGUUUCUAUCAUUAAAGAUACUUUCAAAUCUGCCAAUACACGACUCCAUACUUUGUAA